AUGUCUGACAAAUUUUCGUUGUCAUUAUAUAAUGAUAAUCAUGAUUCUUUAUCGAAGAGUUCAUACGAAGUUGAAGAAAAAUCAACAAGUGAAUGUCGUGGAUUUCCAGACUUUUCAAAAAAAAAAGUAAUGAACUCUAAUAUCAUUAAUAUUCUUUAGGAUUUUUUUUCAAUUUAAAGUAUUUAUUUAGUUACAUAUUUUAUAAUCCAACGGAUUUUUGCUACAUGGAUUCUUGGAUUUUUUUUCAAAAUAAUUAGUAAAAACCAAAAUUUGAUACCUUUAGCCAUUUAAGACUUUUUCAUUAAAUGUGUGUCUUAUAUACGUUUUUUAAAAUCCUGCCUAUCAAAAUACUACAUAAUUAAAGUAUAAUAUAAUCAUUAUUUAAUAUAAAUUAAACACUGUAAUAUUAAACUAAUAUUAUAUUAGUUAAAAUUUAAAGUUGAUUUUAAAAUAAUAAUAUUGUAAUGGGUUUUUUGGAACAUUUACCAGAUAUUGUAUUCUUCGAUAGAAAGCAUUGUAAUUGUCAAAUUUGACAAAUUUCAGUGGACAUUUAAAUAAUUUUAAAUACAAUCCAUAAUUGUAUUUUUUCUUUCUUUAGAUUUGGAGCGUAAUGAAGGAUCUAUUGGUUUUGAUAUGAUGUGUGUAGGUAUUUUAGAUUCUGAAUGGAGCGAAGAAGCUUAUGAUUUUAAAGAGAUAUUUAUUUUUUUUUUAUCUGUUAACAACUUUUAAAACUGUAGCACCUUUUCCGAAAGGAAAGUAAUUUUGCUCAGAUUUUCAUUAAUAGCACUAUUUUUGAGAAAAGAAAUCUUACUAGAAAACUACUUACUUUAGGGAGGUUAAUUUUCGAUAUUCCCAAGAGUUUUCCUAGUGUUUUUUAUCCUUUGAUAAGAGGUUAAUUUUAAUUCAUACUUAGUGGUAAAAAAAAAAUUAGUUUAAUGUAGUAUUUUUUUAUUUAUAAUUUUUAAAAUAUGUAUAAUUAAACUGUCCUCUGAAUCGUUUUUCUUUAUCAAUGGCUUAUUGUUGGUUACAGUUAUAAAUUGAAUUACCUAUAAUAGGAGCUGCACCCGACCCUAUUAUCCUAGAACGUCUUUUUUCUACGGUUUUCUUUUUAUAUACUCCACCUUAUCCACCUCCACCUACAACAAUGGUCGCACCUGCCUCCAGUAUCAAUUAUAUUAUUUUUUUGUUCUAAAUGGUUUUAUAAUAUGUAAAAUACUACUAUAUAUAUGUAAAUGAACUCAAUAAUUUAUUGUUACAGAAAGAGAAUAAACAAGCCCAGGACAAACUCGAAAUGUUUCGCUUAAAUUUAACGGCUGCACACUUAAAAUAUCUUAACCCAAACAACUACAUCAAUAAUAACGUGAUAAUGGAUACGGACACAUUAAUGAAAUAUUAUUUUUUCCUUACCAAAGGCACUGAAGCCGACACUAAUAGUCUGGCUCCAAUUGAUUCACGAAUAUUGGACGGUAUAGACGGCCGACUAAACAAAGACUUCCAAAAAUCUCCAUUUUUGCAGAAACUUAAAACGGAAUUAAUGGAAGUAAGAUGA